AUGUUUCGAAUUAACUCCUGGCAAAUACCCUUUAGAAGAUUUUUUCAUCUAUCUUCCCUGUCUUCUGGAAAGCUUGAAAAUAACACUGCAUUAAUAACUGGUGGCUCCAGAGGCCUAGGGCUUUCCAUUGCGAGAAGUUUAGCGUCUGAAGGCAGUAACGUUGUUUUGUGUGGAAGAAAUUCAUCAAGCCUACAAGAAAAUGUAUCAAAAUUACCGAUUAUUCACGAGGGACAGAAACAUGCAUUUAUCUCUUGUGACUUGUCCGAUAUUGAAGAGAUUAAUAAGCGAUUCACCAUUCAACCUAAAAAGGACCUGGUUAACUUAUCCAUGGCGGAUCAUUUACUUCAGAAAACCAACAUUCUCAUCAAUUGCGCUGGAGUCAUGCAAACUAGUCUUCUUUUACAAACCAGCACUGAUGAAAUAUCAAAAAUUGUGAACACAAACCUACUUGCCCCGAUAGUAUUGUCCCAAAAACUAUCCAAAAUCAUGAUGCGUCCCUCAGUACGAAAGGCUGCACCAAACAGAUUAAUAGUCAAUAUGUCCUCGGGAUUGGGAGAAAUUCCUUUCAAAGGUACUUCGGUAUAUGGAGCGACCAAAAGUGGCUUGAAUAUUUUCACGAGAACUUUAGCCAGUGAGUUACAAAGAGUCGGCAUUAGGGUCAAUUGCAUUAGUCCAGGUUUGAUUCGUGACACCGAUAUGGGCCAAACAGAUGUUAUUCGAGAACAAUUGUCGGAUAUCUCUGGUUUUGGGAUCUGUGAGAAAAAAGAUGUCGUACAGCAAGUAAUGAACUUGAUUCAAGAUGCUACGGUGUCUGGUAAAAAUAUUCCUGUCGGUUUUACCAGAUGA